AUGCAAUCACUCUCCUCUUGCUCUCCAUCAUUCGGGUGUUUCAUUGUUCUCACUUCAUGUCCUGAAAAUACUCAUCAAGUCCAUGAAAAUAUUUCUCUUCUCGCAUCUUGCCUAAAAUUAUUCAAUGACAAAAAGUCCCAAUAUCAUUCAUUAGAGUUUCAUGUUGUGGUACAAAAGAAUGAACAGUCUCAAUUAUUCAAGAGUAUUCAUCUUUAUAAGGAAUAUUAUUCGGAAAUAUUAUCUCGAGUUCAAGAUUAUUAUAAAUAUAAUUUUAAUGUCAUGAUGCCAACAUUUGAUAAUGACAAGGAUUUAAUUGAUCACGUCAAUCACAGCAUUUGUUCUCUCAAUAAUAUUUCACAACAAUUUGAUUGCUAUUGGAUUAAGCGUGACUAUGAACACAAAAACCAUUCAUCGAUUUCAUGCUCCAUUUACAGAAAUAAUUUUGAUUCUAUUUUUGAAACAAUUGAAAUUUUAAAUGCAGAAGAAGACAAAAAUCAUGAUGAUAAAUAUUCCUAUCUAUUUAACGAGCAAGGAGAUCAAGAUUCAAAAUCAUUGGGAACUAUUGAACAGUAUGCCAAAUAUCAUGUUGUUUGUGUGGGUGGAACAUUUGAUCGUUUACAUUUAGGUCAUAAAAUUCUAUUGACUCAAACAUUGCUAUUAUUUAACAAUAAUGAUUCCAAUUGUGAAAAAAGAAGAGAAAUUGAAAUUGGUGUCUCUGUAGAUAAUUUAUUGAAAAACAAAAAGUACAAAGAGUUGAUACAAUCGUUUGAAGUGAGACGAGAUAAAGUACUGAAGUGUAUGAAAGAGAUUAAUCCUGCAUUGAAUCUGGAUUUUGUAAAUAUCUUUGAAUUGUAUGAACCAUGGGGACCUAUCGCAACAGAUCCCGAAUUGGAAGUAUUGGUCGUGAGUGAAGAGACUCUCAAUGGAGCCAAGAAGGGCAACGACCUUCGUGUGAAUGAAAAAAACUUUAAACCGUAUGAUAUUGUGUGCAUUCCAUUGCUCUUGCCAAAGUCAAAUGGAUCGAUGGUGCUGAGUGACCUCAAAUUGAGUAGUACACAACUCAGAGAAUUAGAUUUGCCAAAAACCAGCACUGAAUAA